AUGGAUACAUAUCUUGGGGAUCUUGUCUUCGUUGAAUCCAGCAAUUGGAGCCACAGUGGUGUCAUGGCUGACAGCCAGAUUGUAGAUGACGCAACAACGUGGAUUAUUCUUAGAAUUCUCAUGCUUGUGGUCACACCAACCUUGUCAGUCAUGGGAGUUGUUGGCAACUGCUUCAGUAUAGCCAUCUUGACCAGACAAGGGUUAAAGAAAAGUUCUCACAUUCUACUCGUUAGCCUAGCAGUCUCGGAUAUCACUUAUCUCGUUGCCUUCAACAGCGUGCCAAAAAUAAUCUAUGAAGUUGUUGGCCGAAGAAAAUUCGACUGUUUUUCGCAGGGCCAUUGUCACGUUCUUUUUGUGCUUUUCGUGUUUUUUACCUACUUUGACUACGUGUUUUGGUCGACGUCGUUCACACUUCCCACGCUGAUAACACUAGAGAGACUUGUUGUUAUAUUCUUUCCCCUCAGCUGCCACAGAAUCGUAACACCAUCAAGGACUUGGUUCGCCGUAUCUGUAGUAUUUCUGUUCUGGCUCUCAGUUUUCGUAUACCCAAGUCUAUGGUACAAACUACGAUAUGUCUAUUUCAACGGCACCGGCAUGUCCAUAGGAUUUCUUGAACGUGCCGACUUAUAUCAAAACAACGCCAAUGGAAUAGACGCAAUUGAAAGGCUGAAUAUCUACUUGACAAUUCUAGUAUCGCCCAUUCUCACAGUUGUCGGAUGUGUGGUCAUAUUAAUUAAAGUGAAGCUUGUGUCAAUAAAAAGAAAGAAGAUGACAAAAAGAGAGGUAUCAACAAAUCGCACCACAAAGAUGCUGCUGGCAAUAUGCGGUGUAUAUGUUGUUGCAGCAUCCGUGUCCAACUUACCCCUGUAUUUGCCAGACUAUUUUUCCAUAUCGCUAACUGACGCCUCGCCGACAAACAUGGCCAGGGUGAUGUACCAGGUUAUCAACAUAUUCGCAAUAAUCAACAGUUCCUGCAACUUUGUUGUUUACGUGGUUCUCAACAAGUCGUGUAGACGAACGUUCUGGGUGAUUGUUUUAACUUGUCACCGCCACAGGAAUAAUCACAAAAGAAGAAUUUGA